AUGGCUGUAAAAAUUAAAGAAAUUUGUGAUAAUGUUAGCCUAGCACGGGAAAUGACGAUGCUAGGAAACUAUGAAUCUGCAGAAGUUUAUUACGAAGGUUGCUUGCAAAUGAUAUCGAGAAUAAUCCUGAUGAUUUCUGAACCGCUGAGGAAGAGCAAAUGGCAACAAGUACAAAAAAAAGUCAGCACGGAAUACGAGCAAGUUAAGGUCCUGAAAUCGAGGCUGCAGACGUUACGAAUAGAAACCAGUUCCGAAGUGCCCAUCGGGGUGAGGCGCAGAGAUGAGCCAGUCAGAGAAUUCGGUGAUAUAUCAGAAAUGGAUUCGUUUUCUCACGGCGACCCCGACGUGUGGCCUCCUCCGACACCCGUUGACCACAGCACCGGCCCCAAAUCGAAAACGCCCAGUAUCAAAAAACCCGAUUCGAAAAAGGGCAAUUUAUCGUCGAGGGCGAGCUCGUCGUCCGCCCGGAAAUCGGACGGGCAGAAGCACUCGAGGAACUUCACCAAACGCGACGAGCGACCCAGCUCGUCCAAAUCCGAGCGAAUAAUCGACAACAACAAACCGGAGAAGGAAAAGGACUCCGACGGCGCCGACAAAAACGACAAAAGCGAGGCCGACGAAGAGAAGAAAUUCGAGUGCCAUGGCAUGGAACGCGAGCUGGCCGAUACCCUAGAAAGAGACAUCGUUCAAAAGAACCCCAACAUCCAUUGGUCCGAUAUCGCUGACUUGAACGAAGCUAAACGAUUGUUAGAAGAAGCUGUCGUCUUACCUAUGUGGAUGCCAGAUUUUUUCAGAGGAAUACGCAGACCUUGGAAAGGAGUACUUAUGGUGGGCCCUCCUGGUACCGGUAAAACAAUGUUAGCAAAAGCAGUAGCGACAGAAUGCGGUACUACAUUCUUCAACGUAUCCUCAUCGACUCUAACGUCGAAAUAUCGCGGCGAAUCCGAGAAAAUGGUCAGGCUACUUUUCGAAAUGGCUCGCUUCUACGCGCCCAGCACGAUCUUCAUCGACGAAAUCGAUUCGUUGUGUUCGAGGAGAGGCUCCGAAUCGGAGCACGAGGCGUCGCGUCGAGUGAAGUCCGAGCUGCUGGUGCAAAUGGACGGCAUAACGGCGAACAACGACGAGCCGGGCAAAGUCGUGAUGGUUUUGGCGGCGACGAACUUCCCGUGGGACAUCGACGAGGCGCUGAGGCGUCGAUUGGAGAAGCGGAUCUACAUUCCGCUGCCGUCGAAGGAGGGACGAGAGGCGCUGCUCGAGAUCAACCUGAGGGAGGUGAAGCUGGACCCGGAUAUCAAUCUGGCCACUAUAGCGAGGAGGUUGGACGGUUUCUCCGGCGCUGAUAUAACGAACGUGUGCAGGGACGCUUCGAUGAUGUCGAUGAGGAGGAAGAUCUGCGGGUUGCGGCCGGAUCAAAUAAAGCAGUUGCCUAAGGAAGAGCUGGAUUUGCCGGUGACGAUGAGAGACUUUGAGGAAGCUCUGGUCAAAAAUAAUAAGAGUGUUAGCAAGCAGGAUUUGGAGAAGUACGAGAAGUGGAUGAAGGAGUUUGGAUCUUCAUGA